GAAGGAGUAUCCCUGUGCGGGUAAAAACCCAUCGCUCUAGAGGUCUACAGUUCACGACAGAAGUAGACGGACACCCCACGUACAUUAACAACAUUAUCAUGGACAAGCACGACUAUAUUUUUAAGUUUAUAGUGAUAGGGGACUCGGGUGUAGGAAAAUCUUCCCUGUUACUCCGGUUCGCGGAUGACGUAUUCUCAGACACAUACAUCUCUACUAUUGGAGUAGACUUUAAAAACCAAACACUGAAAAUUGAGGACAAAACAGUACGACUUCAAAUAUGGGACACGGCGGGACAAGAGAGUUUAAAAACCAUUACGUCGUCAUUCUAUCGCGGAGCUCAUGGUAUUAUGCUGGUCUAUGACGUCACUGAUAUGGAAUCAUUCCGAAACUUGGAAACAUGGAUUCAGGAGGCUGACAAAUACAGCACUUACGACAGCCCUAUGAUUCUUGUGGGGAACAAAUCGGACAUGACAGGCAAACGGGUAGUGACAUACACCAUGGGCAAGGAAUAUGCUGAAAGACUAGGUAUCACGUUCUUGGAAACCAGUGCCAAAAGUACUACCAACGUUGAAACGUUAUUCUUGUCACUGACAUCCGAAGUCAAAAGCAAAGUUGUCGAGGGCAAAUUAAAUACUACUGGUGGCGGUACAGUGAUUGUCCGCAACAGUUCGCCGGUCAACAAGAAAUCGUCCUGGUUAUGUUGCUGAAGACAUGGAGACAGGAGUUAACUAUAACGGGUCAUACAUAUAAUUAGAGGCUACUUGUCACAACCCACCUGAUUCUGUAUUAAUACAGAUAGUGCCUUUAUAUAAGUGGUGCCAAAAUGAGCCGAUUGACUUUGAAGUUACUAGGGCACACAUUUCUUCAUAUGCCAUCAACAUGUUGAAAUUGACAAUGUUCACGUGAUUUUUAAAAGGAAAAAUAGUUCAGUUAUGUUAUAAAGAAUCCCAACUUGCAGACAA